AUGGAGAGUCAGGUCAGUCGCUGUAAGAUUGUGGUGGUGGGAGACACGCAGUGUGGCAAAACGGCUUUGCUACACGUUUUCGCUAAGGACUGUUAUCCUGAGAACUAUGUGCCGACUGUGUUUGAAAACUACACCGCGAGCUUUGAGAUUGAUAAACAGCGGAUCGAACUGAACAUGUGGGACACAUCAGGAUCUUCGUACUAUGAUAACGUGAGGCCAUUGGCUUAUCCAGACUCAGAUGCAGUGCUCAUCUGUUUCGACAUCAGCAGACCAGAAACACUGGACAGUGUACUGAAAAAGUGGCAGGUGGAAGCCCAGGAGUACUGUCCCAGUGCCAAACUGGUGCUGGUUGGGUGUAAACUGGACAUGAGAACAGACGUCAGUACACUGAGAGAACUGUCUAAGCAGCGUCUAAUACCUGUCACCCACGAACAGGGCAGUACACAGGCACGUGAGCUGGGAGCUGUAGCAUAUGUGGAGUGUUCGUCACGAGUGUGUGUGAACAGUGUGAGAGAUGUGUUCCAUAUCACCACGCUUGCGUCCGUCAGACGAGGCCCCGCCCCUCUCAAACGGAGCUCCUCCCGGGGAGCUCUCAAAAGAAUAUCCCAUCAUCCCUUGCUGCCACUCACAGCACGAACCACACCCCACGAAUCGACGCCCACCCUCAGAAAGGACAGAGCCAAGAGUUGUGUGAUGAUGUAG